AUGGCCUCACGUAAAACUGCCGCUGCCCCGGUCACCGGCACGCCCGGUUUGCAGCUCGGCGCGCUUGAGGACAACCUGUCCUACCUGACGCGGGCGCUGCGCAGCGUGCUGCAGCAAACGGCGCAGGACCACGUGGCGCCGCUGGGGCUGUUGCCCGGCGAAAUCACGGUGCUGUCGCUGGUUGCCGCGAACGAGGGCAUGUCGCAGAACGACCUGGCGCGCGCGCUGGUCAUCAAGAAGUCGCAGGUGACCGGCCUGGUGCGCGACCUCGUCGAGCGCGAGCUGAUCGACUGCGUGGAUUCGGUGACGGACCGUCGCUACAACGCGCUGUCGCUGACCGAGCAGGGCCAGGCGGUGUGGAAGCAGGCCCAGCAGGCGCUGAAGAAGCACAACGGCGCGGCGCUGAAGGUGCUGACGCCGGACGAGCGCAAGGAGCUCACACGCAUGUUGCGCAAGCUGCUCGCCGAGCAUCUCCCGUAG